CAUUUUUUGAUUCAACUACGAAUACACACAGUCAAGUUUACGGAAAAAUGGUUGAAUGAUUGCGCUGAAUCAUUUUUGUUUAUAUAUGGUGAAUGCAGUUUAAACGACCUCAACCACCCGAGUGACGAUUUUGAAAAUUCGACUAUGAGGUGUUUACUCGCUUUUGCCCUCUUGUUCUCAGUCAUUAGUGCCAAUCCUGGGUAUAAAAAGUGGUCGGAUCUCCAGCCAUCCGUGUCAUUAAGUCAACUGCUUGAACAGAAAAGUUUAAAAGAUGGUGUGUUUAGCUCAGAAAAUCUUGAGAUGUUCACUAGUAUUGAUGCUGCUUGGAAAAUAUUUAAGGCACGGUUCAAUCGAGCUUACAAAAACAUCCAAGAAGAGGCAAAGCGAUUUUUGAUUUUUGGGGCAAACUUCAUCGAAAUGAUGGAGCACAAUCGGGCUCACCGGGAAGGUAAAGUAUCAUAUGAAAUGGGUGUUAACGAGUUUAGUGAUAAGACGGAACAUGAGCUUAGGAAACUAAGGGGCUACAAACCUCUGAAGGGACCCUCAAAACCCGAAGGCUCUACAUAUAUUCGUUCGGAGCACACUAUGCUGCCAAAUAAAGUUGAUUGGAGGAAGGAAGGGGCUGUAACGCCUAUCAAAAACCAGGGCAAUUGUGGUUCCUGCUGGGCAUUCUCCUCAACUGGUGCUAUCGAAGGUCAACACUACCGCAAGACUAAGAAAUUAGUUAGUUUGUCUGAGCAGCAAUUGGUAGACUGUAGCGGUCAUUAUGGAAAUAAUGGUUGUAACGGUGGUCUAAUGAAUUUUGCGUUUACUUAUGUUAAAGAUAAUGAAGGCAUUGAUUCAGAAGUUAGCUAUCCGUACAUAUCAGGUGCAACUGGAGAACAGAACGAUAAAUGUUUAUUCAACUCAUCGAAUAUUGCAGCUCAAGUCACAGGUUUCAUAAAUAUAAGUCCAGGUGAUGAAUAUGCAUUGAUGGAUGCUGUCGCCACCAAAGGACCCGUAUCAGUCGCCAUUAAUGCUGGUCUCCCUAGUUUUCCAAGAUAUAAGUCAGGUAUGUAACAUCUUUGCCUUACCGAUAACUAUUACUUCUCCGUGUGGUUUGUAGUUGUGUACACUUGAAUUUUCGUUAGUAAGAGGUGGUUAGGACAAUAAGUAUCUGUCUUCAUUCGAAGCAAAUUCGUGCCUGCCAUUAACAAAGACUAUUGAUCAGGAUAAUACUGGCGGUUAUUUACAAAAACCGGAAAUAUUGAGCUGCCGUGAAGCCUACUUGUCGCGGUAUUAAUAGAUCAAGAAAGAGCGUAAUAUGCUCUAGUAAUAUGUUUUAAGCAGUUUGAAAUUAACUGAUGUUGCUCGAGGUAGUUUAAAUAGGGAUAACUGUUUAACGCUUAGGUAAUCAGCGGCUUGCCCAGGAACAUAAGUCAGUUCGGGGUGAUUUGUAAACUGAUUUUAUCGUGUUUCCAUGCUGACGGACAUUAUUUACCUUACAAAUCGUUUAACUGAUCUGCAAUAACUGAUGACAUCACUUACGUUGCCUGGUCAUUUUGGGAACACAAUUUCACAAUGUCAGUUAUUACAGAAACCGUUUAUCUACCUUAUAGCUUAAUUUAUUUAGGAUUUGGUAUGAACCUAAUAGUAAAAGAGUAACAAGCUUUAGAAUUAACUUUCAUUUUUCAUAGCGUCCAAUAUAUAUAUAUAUAUGUAUAUAUAUAUAUAGGAGAUUAGGUAUUCUGGAUUGUUCACAUGAUAUGUAAUUAUUCACAGCGAUCUGUAUAAGUUCGGACAAGAAGAGGAUUUCAACCAACAUUAUCAUGGCAAUCGGAAAUGGGCUCUUCAGAAACGGAGUACAUACAGCGCAAAACUGAAGGACCUUAUCCCUAUAAUCUGACAUACUGUUACAUAAUAUCCACUGACUACCUAGGUGAUUUUCGAUCUACGCAUUAAAUGUCUGUAUACGAACCCCUAACCACUGUGUGGUAUACAGUUCGUAUCAAAGUGCAAUAGGUUUCUAAUUUUGUCAAUAUAAUUGGAGGUAAAUAAAUUAAGAACGAUGUUUAGAAGCUUGUCCUACCAAGCUGAGAAACAUUUGACUUCAAAUCUGAUAUGUAUACAGAACACCGAAAUCAUGCUGCAUUCAUGUAAGUUUAGGGGAUUAAAAGACACCAAGUGAACUACGUAUUGUAUGUCCAAUAUAUCUGUUCAUUUUUCUGUUGAAAUAACCUGUGAACAAUGUAGAUGAACAGUGCGAAGCUGUUGCUUCAAUUUAUUAUCGAUAUUCACCUGUUAAAAGUGUAAUAAAAAAUUGUCAAAGAUAAAUAUUCAUCGGUCGUUAGUUUCUCAUCUCGUGCCAUCCAACCUUAUUUUUUGAAAGCAUUGUUCUAAGUGAGUAUGCCUUAAUUUUUGUACUGUCAUUCAUACCUGUUUCUUUUCACUGUAUAGACCUAUUGUUCAUGUUUAAUAUUUAAUUGGUAAACAAGUAUUAACUCUAUAAAAACUGCGUUUACACUUUUUCCUAUGGAAAAAUCCUGAGUUGGUGGUUAUCCUUCAUUUUCUUAACCUAGGCGUUUACUCAGACCCUGAGUG